AUGGAUCAUACGGACCAGAACGCAUCAAAUCAACUGCCAGACGAUAUAGAGCAAAAUUUUCUCACCCAGUUCAGCUCAAUGGUCACCACUGACAAGGAAGAGCUCAUCCAACAGUUUCAAUCGAUUGGAGAGAACGUAAACUACUCGACGGCAACAUUUUUCCUCGAUAUGACCAACUGGAACCUUCAAGCGGCUGUGGGAUGUUAUUUUGACUUUAUGUCCCAAAACCGACAACCAUCCAUGAAGCUGCUGGACGAUAUUACGGUAGGAAAGGGCGAAAAAAUCACACCCAGCACAGCAAUAAAGCUUACCUGGCUACUGCAAAACAAUGGCGAUGUCGCGUGGCCGUACGGUUCGUACGUCAGCUUACGUCGAAACCCAGCCAUGAUGGAGGAAAAUUUUCCGUUGUCGUACGAGGACUUGAAAUACUUCGUACCUUCCUUGCCUCCGAAUGAUACAGUGUCCGUAUCAGUGCAGCUCGUCAGUCCAUCGACGGAAGGGUUCUUCGAGACUGUAUGGUCCAUUUACGCUCCCAACGGGACCAGUUUUGGAGAAAACAUCACAUCCCGGAUUGAAGUAAGCCUGGAUGGAACGAUGGCUGUAACGCAACAGUUUUCCAACCUUCAAACAAAUUCCACCGGCGACCUUAACCCGCAGGAAAACACAACAGAGUCACAGUCGAACCUGCUUGACGAUAGUGAAAUGUGGGGAUAG